AUGGACGCUGAUGUGUCUAGACGAACUCUAGUUGAAAGUUUUCUAGUAUUUCAGGGUUGUUCAAUUAUUUUUGUAAGUGUUAUUAGUCAGGCUGCCACUGCUGUUAUAAUAUAUAGAAGUGGUGAUAAAGUACAUCAAACGACAAUGAAAAAAAUUUAUGUCGAUAUUAAUAUUCAAAACAAAUUGGGAUGUAAUGAGUUAUCGAGUCCCCAGUCGUGCGAACUAAAAGCAGGUCCAAGGUUAAAAUUAUUUUGGUUCAUUCGUGUAACAGGUAUUGCACUAAUGAUAGCAUUACAGCAUAUACCAUGGGGUAUACGAAUUAGAGAAGCACGUCUAAUCAUAGAUCAGAUGCAAAAACAUGGUUAUAAAGCACUGGAUGUCUUGGAUCGUGUUAAAAUUAACAAAAAAUGA